GUCAGUACCACACAAUGAACUGACGUCUUAACUGCCUAUUCUAUAACCCUUUCGAGUAUAGCGCACGUCUCUUCGGGACUGCUAUUAGCUUCGUAAGACGAUACUCGUUACACCCCCCGGCUACUCCUCUGUUGAUACAAUCCUCUUUUUCUUUUCGCAGAUGAAGAGACUUGGUAGUCGCCAUUAAUUUUGAAACUUGUCCCGGCCCGGGUAACGGCGCAAUACAGUCAAGAUGCUGGAAGGCCUAGUUGCUGGAUUGUUGAACCGUUUCCUGGGCAUGUAUCUAAAGAAUUUUGAUCCUGCCCAGUUGAAAGUCGGUAUAUGGUCUGGCGAUGUAAAGCUACGUAAUCUUGAGCUUCGCAAAGAGGCUCUGGACCAGUUGAAACUCCCCAUCAAUGUCAUGGAAGGACAUCUGGGUGAGCUGACUCUCGUAAUUCCAUGGUCCAACUUGCGAGGAGCCCCGGUCAAGGUCCUGAUCGAGGAUGUCUACCUGCUUGCAUCUCCCAAGGAAGAGGCAGCCUACGACGAGGAUGAGGAGGAGCGCAGGAAACAACGACUCAAGAUGGAAAAACUAGAUUCUGCGGAGCUCUUAAAAGAGCGUUACCAAGAUGGCCUCAGCCAAGAAGAGCAGAAGAAGAGCCAGAGCUUUACAGAAAGCUUAGUCACUAAGAUUGUCGACAAUUUACAGGUCACAGUCAAGAAUAUCCACAUAAGAUAUGAAGAUGCUAUAUCUGCACCUGGCCAUCCCUUUGCUUUAGGUGUUACUCUAGCAGAGUUCAGCGCCGUCAGUACUGAUGGCGAAUGGAAGCCUACCUUCAUCCAAAACACUACCAAUACCACACACAAGCUAGCAACGCUUGGCGCGUUAGCGAUAUAUUGGAACACAGACACUACAUUACUGGGACCUGGCCGUGAAGUCGGAGACGAAGACAAACACAUGGGUCAUGAUGACUUGAUCAAUAACUUCAAAGAGAUGAUUGGUAAAGGAAAUAAUACUUCAUCCUCGAAUCACCAGUUCAUAUUAAAGCCUGUGAGCGGCCAAGCCAAGAUCGAGCUGGACAAGACAGGCGAUACACAUGCGCCAAAAUUCAAGGCAAGCCUUCUAUUCGACGAAAUCGGCGUGGUCCUCGACGAUGACCAAUAUCGAGAUGGUCUGAUGAUGGUUGAUUUAUUCCAUUACUUCAUUCGUCAUCAGGAAUACAAGAAGCUUCAACCAAAGGGGGUAACUCCUAAAGAAGAUCCUCGUGCCUGGCUUAAGUUUGCAGGAAAUUCUGUACUCACCAAAAUUCAUGAAAGGAACCGUCGGUGGACCUGGGACUACUUUCGCGAGCGCCGCGAUGAUCGUCGCCGGUACAUCGAGCUCUUCAAGAAGAAAAAGGCAAAUCAACAGUUUUCAGCACAAGAAACCGAAGACCUUGAUAAGCUUGAGUGGAAACUUGAGUACGAGGACUUGCGCUUCUGGCGUUCCCUAGCUCGAAACCAACUCAGAAAGGAGAAUGCUGAGGCCCUAAGGAGAGCGCCGCCUAAAACCGAGCAGCAACCCCAAGGAUGGAUUUCUUGGGCGUGGGGUUCAAAACCGGCCGAACCCACAGAUUCGGUAGAGGAGACUACACAACUAACCGAAGAACAGCGUAAAGAGCUUUAUGAGGCGAUCGACUGGGACGAGAAGACAGCCCUGGCAGAAACUGUAGAUAUACCGCGCGACACCGUUAAGCUACAACUUGACGCAUCCCUCAGUACUGGGAGCUUCACCCUAAGACAAAACCCUCAUGGAAGCAAAACAGACCUAUUAAGCUUGCAUUUUGAUGUGUUUAAAGCAAAGGCGCUCAAACGACCCGAUUCUAUACUUGCAGAUAUCAGCCUGGGUGGCUUCCGAGUAAAUGAUGGUACCACUCCGGAUAGUUUGUUCACCGAGAUUGUUCGAGUCAAAGAUGCACCAGACACUAAAAGCAAACGGCGUCUUUCCAUUGCCGAGCUCGAGAAGUCCAACCAAGAGACCUUUUUUAACCUGCAGGUUGAGCAAAAUCCCCUUGAUGGCCAGAGCGAUGUUGCGGUAACGGCCAAACUCAAGCCCUUGGAAAUCGUAUGGAACCCCAACUUUGUUGUCGGCGUGGUUGAUUUCUUUAAACCGCCAGAGAGACACAUGGAAUCUAUCACCGCUUUGAUGGAAACUGCUGGAGCAACUGUUGAAGGACUGAGACAACAAACACGUGCCGGCCUUGAGUUCGCCCUCGAGGAACACAAGACCAUCAAUGCCAAGCUAGACCUUCAAGCACCGCUCAUCAUAAUCCCUCAGUCUAUCAAGACCAGGAGGUCUACCUGUCUCAUCCUAGAUGCUGGUCAUAUAAGUGUCAACAGUGAAUUGAUUGACAAACGGACUUUGAAGCAGGUACAGGAAAAGCACAAUCAAAAGUAUUCCGAGGAAGACUUCAAACAGCUUGAGUCCCUCAUGUACGAUCGCUUCCUUGUUAAGCUAACAUCCACACAAGUCCUAAUUGGGCCUUCGAUUGAAGAAACAAAGUCCCAAUUAGUUGAAAAGGACGAAAAUGCUAUGCUACAUAUCGUGGAGAAGAUCAACGUCGACUUUGUAGUGGCGUUGUCGAUCUUGCCCAAGGCACCAAACUUAACCAAGGUCAAAGUAUCAGGCCAUCUACCGGUGCUUCAGGCUAUGGUCUCGGACACCAAAUACAAGAGUCUCAUGAAAUUGAUUGAUGUUGCGAUACCGAAGUUUGAUGAAGAGCCAUCAAGACCCAAAACGGAAGGCCAACCUAAGAGGCCGCGUUUGCUUAGUUCUACGUCGGCUCGCUCGCAUAAGCCACAUGGUCGCAGAGGUUCCUCAAACUUGUUUCUUACCCAGCAGACUGCCGUCAUUCUUGAAGAUGAUGAUUCCGACGAUGACUCGGACGCAUUUGAAGAUGCCGCAGAUGGAAACCAGAACCAACAUUUCAAGACUAAUCAGCGGAAUUUCGAAUUCAAGUUCGCUGUUGACAGGCUGCAAGGGUCCCUGUAUCGAAGCGACCCUGACGGCGAGCAACCUGAAGCCUUGCUUGUAGAAUUGAUCGCAGAGAACUUUGAUCUCAACUUUUAUAUUAGGCCUUUUGACAUGGCAGCUGAAGUAUCACUGGGGUCUGUGACGGUUGACGACUUCGUCGAUAACCCCUCAGCAGAAUUCAAGUCAAUUGUGUCAUCAGGUGAUGUUGAAGACCGCCAACAGCAAAGAGAUCUUGUCCGUAUAAAGUUCACUAAGGUCAAGAAAGAAUCACCAGAAUUCAUGGCAGUAUACGAUGGCAUAGAAACAAAUGUCAAUGUUGCUGUUUCAACAAUUAACCUUGUCGUGACACGGAAGACUCUACUCACACUUCUUGACUUCAUACUUGUCACGUUCACUAACAACAACAAUUCGAAUACCCAGUCGCCGAAGAUCAAGGACUUUGAUGAAGAGGACGAGGAAGAAGGGAUUGAAAUUGUUGAACCGGUGACUACUCCUCAAGCAGAGGGCGGAUCCAUCCGAGUCAAAGUUGAUCUCAAGAGUAUUCGUCUAAUCCUCAACAAUGAUGGUAUCCGUCUUGCAACGCUCUCAUUCAACCAUGCCGAUGUUGGUGUCUUCUUACUUGGUAAGACCAUGAGGGUGGCAGCCAAGUUGGGAGAUUUAACACUGGUCGACGACAUUAAUGUUGGCGCAUCAGAAGACUCAAGCUUCCGCCAGCUUGUUACAAUCCAGGGCGACGAACUUGCUGAUUUUCGCUACGAAACCUUUGAUCCUAGUAAUGAAAAGGCCUAUCCAGGAUAUGACUCCUCAAUUCAUUUACGUGCUGGAUCCAUAAAAGUGAACUUCCUCGAGGAGCCUUUUAGGAAGAUUAUCGAGUUCCUGGUCAAAUUUGGAAAGAUGCAAGCCAUCUACAAUGCUGCUCGUCAAGCGGCCGCGAACCAAGCCCAACAAUUGCAACAAAGCAGCAGUAAAUUCAAGUUUGAUGUUAUCAUCAACACCCCUAUCAUCGUAUUUCCUCGGACUGUUUCUCCAGAUAAACCAAGGCGUGACCUGGCCACUGCUUACUUGGGAGAGAUCUACGCACAGAACAAAUUUGUGCCUUUGGAUGACUCUGAAGAGUCGGAGAUUGCUAUGAAGCUUUCUGCGGGCAUCAGGAAUAUCCGACUAACAUCCCUAUUUCAUUACCCCGACGAACAAUCAGAAGAACUUGAAAUGAUUGAUCAUGUGGACCUUGGCUUCAACAUCACCUAUGCCGAACAUAAAGAAGGGUGGAAACGACCUGACAUGGAGAUUGAGGGUAGCAUGACCGACAUUAACCUCAGAAUCACUCAAUACCAACUAAACUUCCUCUUGGAUAUUUCCAGAUCCGUCCCAGCUGCUUUCGCGACCGACUCUAAUGCUAGGGGUGAAGAAGCUGAACGAGACGUCGACGAAGGUACCUUACGACGAGCCAAGACAAUGUCUUCUACCAUGAGCGGGGGCGAUACACAGUUGAUUAAUCUCUCUCCGGAGUUAGGCUCGCGAGACGAUACUUGGACAAAGCUUGAUCUUGUGUUUGAUGUGCAUAAAAUCGGUCUUGAGCUAAUAAAUGCCCACGAGAACAAACCAGUUGGGAACGUAGAUGCCGCUAGCCUCUCACGAUUCUCUUUAGACGAUAGCAAACUAAAGACCCGGGUGUUAGCCGAUGGCUCAUUGGAGGCGGAAUUUGUGAUACAAUCUUUCACCAUACAUGACAGUCGUACUCGUGAGGGCAGCAAGUAUAAGAGGAUCAUGACAUCCUCCAACAAGAGUGUGCAGCAAUUCAUGGCGAGCGUCUCCAUGUCCGGAGGCGAGAAGCGAGAUCUCAUCGCUGUCGUCGCCAUUGACAGUCCUAGAAUCAUCUUCGCAUUGGAUUAUAUCUUCGCGAUUCAAAAAUUCGUGACCAUUGGCCUAAAGGUUGAUGAGCCUCCUCCGCCGGGGGCCUUGGAGAGUCCCGUGGACACCCCUGACAUCUCUGACGCCGAGUCCAUGCAAGUUCAAUGGACGGGAAAGUCAUCUCAGAAGAGUAUACAAGGAUCACAACUGGAUCGUGCUCCGGCAGCGAAUCAGAACUCGAAGAUGAAUGUUGCCUUCCGUGUCAAUAUUGUCGAUUCGCAGGUUAUACUAAUCGCCAAUCCUCUAAGCUCUAGUUCAGAAGCAAUUGUUCUAGGGGCGAAGCAAGUGCUGUUAUCCCAACAACACUCAUUAACAUUCCAAGUCUCGGAAGUCGGAAUGUUUCUUUGUCGCAUGGACAAGUUUGACGAGACACGACUUCGUAUCCUCGACGACUUCUCUCUCCAACUAUCAAUGGAAAGUUCACAAGCUGACUCAACAAACAUCCAUAUUGACAUCGACCCGUUGAUUCUUCGACUCUCACUUCGAGAUAUUCUUCUAGCUCUCCAGAUCAUUAGCAAGGCAUCUGAACUGUCAGAGGAUGAAGCGAAAGAGCCAAAGCCUAGUGCAUCUGAUAAGAAAGCACAACAGCUCCGCCGUGCUGGGCUUAAAGAACGUACAGCAAGCGGUCGGGGACAUUCUACUAUUGCCGCCAAUAAAAGCAAAAGUGCUAAGGCAGCUGGCACAAUAGCCACUCGGAGAACUGGGAAGGAUCAGCCAACCCAAUCUCAUGAUAUUGGCAAGGUUUCCAAGCGUCACGAGGAGCUUACUGCGUCAAUCGAUGGAGUUCGUAUCGUGCUGAUUGGUGACGUCCAUGAACUGCCAAUUCUAGAUUUAAGCAUCAAGAAUUUUACAGCUUCAGCGGCAGACUGGUCGAGCUCUCUAAAGGCUGAGACUGCGAUAGAUAUGUACAUCAAUGUCUACAACUUUGCGAAAUCCGCUUGGGAGCCACUUCUAGAGCCAUGGCAAGUGGGUAUUGGCGUUGCGAAGGAGCAAGAAGGCGGCCUCUUUUCCAUUGAUGUCACUUCGAAGAGGACUUUUGAUGUUACAGUAACAACUGCGACUAUCGCACUGGCGUCUAAGUCGUUCGACUUCCUCACGAAGGAUGAAGAUGUCUUAGGGAAACCUCGUGGAGUAGAGGCACCUUACAAGGUCAGGAAUUACACAGGUUUCGAUAUCCUACUUCAAGCUAGAAGCCAAAGUGAUGACGAAAACAUCUCUCUCAAAUUGCAAGAUGGCGAAGAAGGCCCAUGGAGUUUCGAGCAUUGGGAAAAGAUGCGAGAGAACAUCAUGUCGGAAAGUAGUUCGGCAAAUACUGUCGCCGUCUUGAUCGAAGGCAGCGGCUUUGAUACAGUCAAGAAUAUUCGCCUUAACCGCGAGGGUGAGUUCUUGUAUAGUCUACGACCGAAGACAGAUGAGACUCUUCAUAGACUACUAGUCGAAGUGAAGUUGGGCUCUGACAACAUCAAAUACGUAACUCUCCGUUCGCCUCUUGUAAUCGAAAAUGAGACGCAGAUACCGGUUGAGCUUGGCGUUUUCGAUGCUCAAGAGGGCCAUCUACUCAAGAUAGAGAAGAUCGCACCGGGUGAAAGUCGGCCAGCCCCUGUCGCCGCCGCAUACGUCAAGUCAUUAUUGGUCCGACCAGAUUCGGGCUUUGGCUAUGCCUGGUCGUCGGAACAUUUAUGGUGGAGAGACUUACUCAAGAGACCUACACGCACGCUCAUGUGUAAAGGCGAAAAUAGUGAUGUAUUCUAUUUCCAACUCAACGCCAGCUUUGAUCGCGGCCACUUCCUCGCUGGAAAAUAUCCGUAUAUGAAGCUCAAGCUCUCUCCACCAAUCGUUCUAGAGAAUCUCCUCCCUUACGAUUUCAAGUAUCGCAUUUACGACAAAAAUACGAAGCGUGACUGGACGAACUUUUUAAGGAAGGGUGGUGUUAGCCCCGUUCAUGUCGUAGAACUGUCCCAUCUCCUCUUGAUCAGUGUCGACAUGCAAGAUACCGUGUUCAAACCUAGCGAAUUUGCUAUUAUCAACCCUGGGUCACAAGAAGAUUUCCGAAAAGAGCACACUCUAAUAUGCAAGGACAGUGAAGAUCUUAAUUUGAAUCUAAGACUUCACUACUACAAAAUCCCAGAUGGUGGCGGUGCUUUCAAAGUUACUGUAUACAGCCCAUAUGUCGUCCUGAACAAGACUGGCUUGGAGGUUAACAUCCGGGGCAAGCAAUUCUUGCAACAGCCGAAAAGGGCAGCCGGCCAGUCAGCAGUUGCUGACACCUCAGAUCAAGAACGGCCAAAAGCGUUACCUUUCAUGUUCUCAUUCUCUAAUGACGACCAGCGUAACCGAGCUCUCCUAAAGAUCGGUGAAUCAGAAUGGAGCAGAGCGCAGAGUUUCGAUGCAAUUGGAAGCACAGCUGAAGUGGUCUUGCCGUCUGUCAAAAAGGACUCCGAGAUACAUGUCGGCAUUACUGUCGAGCCUGGUGAAGGCAAGUAUAAAUUAACCAAGGUUGUCACUCUAGCUCCCCGGUUCGUAGUCAAAAACAAAAUCGGCGAGGAGCUCGUUGUAAGAGAGCCUACUUCAUCCAAAACCAUAAUCUUGAAGCCAGGCUCACUACAACCCCUGCACUGGCUUCAAAGGUCGGAUACAAAGCAGAUAGCGCUGAGAUUUCCUGGGAUCGAUGAUCAGUGGACAUCUCCCAUAAACAUAUCAGAGCUUGGCACUGUACACAUCAAGAUCGCAAAAGCUGGUCAGCGACAGCGUCUCAUCCGAGUUGAGAUCUUGAUGGAGGAUGCGACAAUAUUCCUCCAUCUUAGCCUAGAGACAAAGAAUUGGCCAUUCUCCAUGCGAAAUGAGAGUGAUACCGAGUUCACUUUCUACCAGGCAAACCCCAAUAUAGACGAGGACGGUGUGGAAGACCGCUCUGGCUGGAGGCCGGUCAGGUAUCGCCUGCCGCCUCGUAGCAUCAUGCCUUAUGCCUGGGAUUUCCCUGCCGCCAAGUUCAAGGAAGUGGUCAUUGGCGCCUUCGGCAAGGAGCGUCAUGUAAAGCUUGCGGAGAUCGGCAAUCAGGUCCCGAUGAAGUUCGCCAACAGCUCUGGCACACAAAAGAUCAUUGACAUCAACGUUGCUGCCGAUGGUCCGACUCAGACACUAAUUCUAUCGAACUUCAAAGCGAGCAAAAGCCUGUACCGCCAGAGGACGCAGACGGGUUCAAGUAGUAGCAACAGUGGUGGCUUUGAAGUCAAGAAUCAGGAUACAAACACGACGUUCCAAGCACAACUAAAACUAUCCGGCAUUGGCAUCUCACUCAUUAACCAACAGCUCAAGGAACUGGCGUACAUUACAUUCAGAGACGUCAAUCUGCGUUAUAAUGAGUCAGCGCUCUACCAAACCAUCAGCACCUCUGUCAAAUGGAUCCAAAUUGACAACCAACUAUACGGUGGUCUCUUCCCGAUGAUAUUGUACCCUAGCGUCGUGCCCAAGCAGGCCAAAGAGACCGAGCUGCAUCCUUCACUACAUGCCAUGGUUACCCGAGUCAAAGACGACUCGUAUGGCGUGCUAUACGUCAAAUACGCUACUCUGCUUCUUCAACAGAUGACGAUCGAUCUUGACGAGGACUUCAUUUAUGCCGUCUUGGAUUUCUCGAAAAUCCCGGGGGCUUUGUGGUCCGAAACUAACGAAGGCAAACUCUGCGACGAAGGCUUAGACAUUCCCGAACCUAAACAAGAGCAGUCAGGACAGGACAUUUACUUUGAAGUCCUGAACAUACAGCCGAUGCAACUAGACUUGUCCUUCAUGCGCACUGAGCGAGUCAAUGUGGAGGACAAGACCUCAUCCCGAAACCCCAUUAUGUUCUUCGUUAACGUGAUGACGAUGGCUAUCGGCAAUGUCAAUGAUGCACCGAUUCGGCUGAAUGCUUUGCUGUUGGAGAAUGCUCGAGUCUCUAUUGCCGUCUUGACACAAAACAUAUCCAAUCACUAUAGUCAAGAGGUUCUAUACCAAGUUCACAAAAUCAUUGGGAGUGCUGACUUCCUCGGUAAUCCUGUUGGGUUAUUCAACAGUAUCAGCAGUGGUAUAACCGACGUUUUCUACGAACCAUACCAAGGCCUCAUCAUGUCCGACAAACCCGAGGACCUGGGAAUAGGCAUUGCAAAGGGAGCCGCUAGCUUUGUCAAGAAAUCCGUCUAUGGCUUUUCUGACUCUUUCUCCAAAGUCACAGGCAGUUUUGGCAAGGGCUUGGCCGCCGCAACUCUAGACAAGCAGUUCCAGGACCGCCGCCGCAUUACCCGGGCUCGCAACCGGCCGAAGCAUGCCUUAUUUGGCGUUACAGCAGGUGCAAACUCAUUCUUCACAUCAAUUGCAUCUGGCAUAGGAGGCGUCGCCCGGAAGCCUCUCGAAGGCGCAGAACAAGAGGGCGCGGUCGGGUUCUUCAAAGGUGUUGGGAAAGGCUUCAUCGGCCUUGCCACCAAGCCCGCAGUCGGUGUGUUUGACCUCGCAUCCAAUGUAUCCGAAGGCAUUCGAAAUACAACCACUGUGUUUGACGGCUCUGAAUUGGACCGGGUGCGAUUAACACGGUUCGUGCCUGCGGAUGGUAUAGUUCGCCCUUAUAACCAACGUGAAGCCUUAGGGCAAUCUUGGCUCAAGCAAGUAGACAACGGGAAAUACUUCAACGAGGAUUAUAUUGCGCAUAUCGAACUACCAAGAGAAGAUAAGGUGGUAAUGGUGACAUUUAGUCGAAUACUUUUGGUUCGAAGCCGGAGAUUGACUACGGAGUGGGAUAUUCCCCUCAAAGAUGUCCAGACGAUUUCGAAGGAGCGCACAGGUCUUAGUAUUGUCCUACGCGGCGGGACUAAUGGACCAUUCAUACCGGUUGGCGAAGAGAGCGGGCGAGCAUUCUUGUACCGCAUGGUAGCCAUAGCCGUUGAAGAGUUCAAUCGUAGGUUUAGGGGUUUAGAGUGAGAAACUGUUAUGGAGGAAAUAUUGGGGGAUAUCACGAGGGUAUCUUUGGCUAGUUGGCCAAGUAAGCUUUUGGUGAUGAGUAAGUGCAAAAGGGGUGAAAAGGACGCGGAAGGAUUGAUGAGCGUCAUGGGUUAUGUGGUUUAGUACGAGGUCUUGGUGUGCUGUUUACGUCUCUACCUAAGCAAUUGUGUAUCUAUCUCUUAGGAACACGACUUAUGAAUUUUU